AUGAUCUUUCGUUUUGCGAGCAUUAAUUUUAGAAAAACAUUUACCUUACAUUCAAGAUGUUUUGCCACUAGACCAAAAUUACCCGAUGGUCCUUCAUUAGAAGAUUUUAUAAAAAAUCAUGAUUUAAAAUUGGAUACUAAACAGAUGAAGAGACUAAGGUUACCACCAUGGUUGAAAAAAGAUGUAACACAUAUUGAAGAAAAAAAUUAUACAAAAUUAAAAAAGCAAUUAAAAAAUUUAAAACUUGCUACUGUUUGUCAGGAAGCAAGAUGUCCAAAUAUUGGUGAAUGUUGGGGUGGUGAUGAUGAAAGUCCAUCAACAGCAACAAUAAUGUUAAUGGGAGAUACUUGUACUCGAGGAUGUCGUUUUUGCUCUGUUAAAACAGCCCGUUCACCUGGACCAUUGGAUAGUUUAGAACCAAUAAAUACGGCAAAGGCAGUUGCUUCAUGGGGUGUAGAUUAUAUAGUUUUGACAUCAGUUGAUCGUGAUGAUUUACCUGAUGGUGGUGCAAACCAUAUUUCUUCAACUGUAAAACAUUUAAAAAAUGAAGCUAAAAAUAUUUUAGUUGAAUGUUUAGUUCCUGAUUUUGCAGGAAAUAAAGAUUCUGUUGAAAUGAUUGCCAAAAGUGGUUUAGAUGUAUAUGCUCACAAUAUUGAAACUGUUCGAUCUUUGACACCUUCUGUACGAGAUCCAAGAGCUAAAUAUGAUCAAAGUUUAAAAAUGCUUGAACAUGCUAAAAAAUGUGUUCCUUCAUUAAUUACAAAAAGUUCAAUUAUGUUAGGACUUGGAGAAACUGAUUUAGAAAUUGAAGAAACUAUGAAAGAUCUUCGUUCAGUAGGUGUUGAAGCAUUAACAUUAGGUCAAUAUAUGCAACCUACUAAACGUCAUUUACUUGUAAAAGAAUGGAUAACACCUGAGAAAUUUGAAUAUUGGAAGACAGUAGGUGAUAAAAUGGGUUUUUUAUAUACUGCUAGUGGACCUCUUGUUAGAAGUAGUUAUCGUGCUGGAGAAUAUUUUAUUACAAAUAUAUUGAAAAAUAGAAAAGAAAAAUUAAAAAUUUCUAAUUAG